CGGACCUUGAUAAGAAAUUUUUGUUUUAUUGAUAGUAAUAAUUUUAUUAUCAUACAAUAUCAUCUGUUUCUCUCAUCAAUGUAAUAUUUAAAUACAUUUUGCACAAAUCAUGGAGUGGAGUAAAUCUAUAACAACAGAUUUCAUCGAGUUGUACCAUUCCAAACCAUGUUUAUGGAAAAUAAGUUCUAUUGAGUAUAAGAACAAAAAUUUAAAGUCUGUUGCUUAUAAUGAACUUAUGGAAUUUCUCAAAUCUAAAGGAUUGGCUAGUGCUAAUGUAAAAGAAGUUAAAUCUAAAAUUCAAAACAUCAGAAGAAUGGUUAGAAAGGAAAGAGCAAAAGUAGAAGCAUCUAGGAGAAGUGGAAAAGGUACAGAUGACCUGUAUACUCCAACAUUGUGGUAUUAUGAUCUCUUAUAUUUUGCAAAUGAUAUGGACCCACUUCCAUCAAUUGAUAACCUAGGAGGUACUAGCGAUUAUAGUCAUGAAAUAGAUGAAGAAAAUGACUGUAACAAUUUAGAUUUGACUGAAAAUAAUUCACAAUGUUGUGAAAAAGAUGUUGACAUUGAUGUAUCCAAUACAAAUGAUGGUCAAAAUGAUGUUUUUCAAAUACCGUCAUCACCUAUUCAGUGUAAAAAAACUAAAAAACAGAAGAUGGAUGAUAGCGUUUCUAGUUUUAUGAAAAAGUGUUCUGAAGCUCUUGAAAACGAUAACAAGCCUGAUGAAUACGAAGCAAUGGGAAUUAAUUUUGCAGCUAAACUGAAAAAAAUGAAGCCUGAACAGCAAAUAUAUGCUGAACUGUUGUUUCAAAAAGUCUGUGCCAAAGGGCUUCUGGGGCAACUACAUGAGUGUUAUGACAUUGUUGAUGUUUCCAAAUCUCAAUUGGCCAAUAACAAUUAUACUGCAGUAUCUGCAAGCGAAUAUUAUUCCUGCCAAUAAGUACAAGGUCAUAUCCAAACGAUAACUUAUCUACAGAGUCUAGUGAAUCACCAUCAACAAGUGUUCAAAGUUUUCUUUAUAAUUUGAAUACAUCAACAAAUUCCACUGAUGAUCAAUGACGUUUUUAAUUAUUUUAUAAAUUUGAAAGUUCUUUAUUACCUAUUAUUAUAAUAUUAUAUUUUAAUUCAUAUUAAAGUUGUUACACAAAAGUCUGAGGGAAACUAUAAAGUACCUAUUUAUUUUAAUGUUG